CUCACCAACCCAUCUUACCUACCGCUCCUCCUGUCCGAGAACCUUUCCAGGGAAAGGACACUCUCGCACCCUCCUUCUUCUCUCCUCUCUCCGUCUGCUGGAUCCAGGGAGUCGUAUCGAGCGUGCCUAUUUUCUCUUCCUUCUCUUCCUUAAUCUCCGUCCGUCCCACCUGCAUUUGCCCCCCUCGGUACAUUAAGACAAGAUGGUUCUUUUCACGGUCGAUGAGAUCCGAGGCCUGAUGGACAAGCGGUCCAACAUCCGCAACAUGUCCGUCAUUGCCCACGUCGACCACGGCAAGUCGACGCUGACUGACUCGCUCGUGUCCAAGGCCGGUAUCAUUGCCUCGGCCAAGGCCGGUGACAUGCGCUACACCGACACCCGUGACGACGAAAAGGAGCGUGGUAUCACCAUCAAGUCGACGGCCAUCUCCAUGUACUUCCCCAUGGACAAGGAAGAGCUUGGUGCCAUCAAGCAGACCACCGACGGCAACGAGUUCCUGAUCAACCUCAUUGACUCGCCUGGCCACGUCGACUUCUCGUCGGAGGUCACUGCCGCUCUCCGUGUCACCGACGGUGCCCUCGUCGUCGUCGACUGCAUCGAGGGUGUCUGUGUCCAGACCGAGACGGUGCUCCGUCAGGCUCUCGGUGAGCGCAUCAAGCCCGUCGUCUGCCUCAACAAGGUCGACCGUGCUCUCCUCGAGCUCCAGGUCGGCAAGGAGGACCUCUUCCAGUCCUUCUCGCGAACCAUCGAGUCGGUCAACGUCGUCAUCUCCAUGUACAACGACCCCGUCCUUGGCGAGUCGCAGGUCUACCCCGAGAAGGGAACCGUUGCCUUUGCCUCGGGUCUCCACGGCUGGGCCUUCACCCUCCGUCAGUUCGCUGCCCGGUACUCGAAGAAGUUCGGUACCGACAAGGACAAGAUGAUGUCGAAGCUCUGGGGUGACAACUUCUUCAACCCCAAGACGAAGAAGUGGACCACCAAGGACAAGGACGCUGACGGAAACCAGCUCGAGCGUGCCUUCAACAUGUUCGUUCUCGACCCCAUCUUCAAGGUCUUCGACUCGAUCAUGAACUUCAAGAAGGACGAGACGGCCAAGAUCCUCGAGAAGCUCGAGGUUACUCUUACCCAGGAGGAGAAGGACCUCGAGGGCAAGGCCCUCCUCAAGGUUGUCAUGCGCAAGUUCCUCCCCGCCGGUGACGCCCUCCUCGAGAUGAUUGUCAUCAACCUCCCCUCGCCCGUCACUGCCCAGAAGUACCGUGUCGAGACCCUGUACGAGGGCCCCAUGGACGACGAGUCGGCCAUUGGUAUCCGCGACUGCGACCCCAAGGGUCCUCUGAUGCUCUACGUCUCCAAGAUGGUCCCCACCUCGGACAAGGGCCGAUUCUACGCCUUCGGCCGUAUCUUCUCGGGUACCGUCAAGUCGGGCCCCAAGAUCCGUAUCCAGGGCCCCAACUACACGCCCGGCAAGAAGGAGGACCUCUUCGUCAAGUCGAUCCAGCGUACCGUGCUCAUGAUGGGUCGCUACAUCGAGCCCAUCGAGGACUGCCCCGCCGGAAACAUUCUUGGUCUCGUCGGUGUCGACCAGUUCCUGCUCAAGAGCGGUACCCUCACCAGCUCCGAGACGGCCCACAACAUGAGGGUCAUGAAGUUCAGCGUCUCGCCCGUCGUUCAGGUCGCCGUCGAGGUCAAGAACGCCAACGACUUGCCCAAGCUCGUCGAAGGUCUUAAGCGUCUCUCCAAGUCCGACCCCUGCGUCCAGGCCUGGAUCAACGAGACCGGUGAGCACAUUGUCGCCGGUGCUGGUGAGCUCCACCUGGAGAUCUGCCUCAAGGACCUCGAGGAGGACCACGCCCAGAUUCCCCUCAAGAUCUCGGACCCCGUCGUCGGCUACCGUGAGACUGUCAACGCCGAGUCGUCCAUGACGGCCCUGUCCAAGUCGCAGAACAAGCACAACCGUCUCUAUGUCACUGCUCUUCCCCUCGAGGAGGAGCUCUCCAAGGCCAUCGAGGAGGGCACUGUUGCUCCCCGAGAUGACUUCAAGGCUCGUGCCCGUAUCCUCGCCGACGAGUACGGCUGGGACGUCACCGACGCCCGUAAGAUUUGGUGCUUCGGCCCCGAGACGACGGGCCCCAACCUCCUCGUCGAUGUCACCAAGGGUGUCCAGUACCUCAACGAAAUCAAGGACUCGUGCGUUGCUGCCUUCCAGUGGGCGACCAAGGAGGGCCCUUGCGCUGAGGAGCCGGUUCGUGGUGUCCGCUUCAACAUCCUCGAUGUUACGCUGCACACCGACGCCAUCCACCGUGGUGGUGGUCAGAUCAUCCCGACGUGCCGCCGUGUCUGCUACGCCGCCUCGCUGCUCGCCCAGCCGGGCCUGCAGGAGCCCGUGUACAACGUCGAGAUCCAGUGCCCCGAGUCUGGUCUGGGCGGCAUCUACUCGACGCUCAACAAGAGGCGAGGAACCGUCUACAUGGAGGAGCAACGCCCCGGCACGCCCAUGUACACCGUCAAGGCCCACCUGCCCGUCGCCGAGUCGUUCGGCUUCAACGCCGACCUGCGCCAGGCCACUGGUGGCCAGGCCUUCCCCCAGGCCGUGUUCGACCACUGGUCGCUGAUGAACGGUGUCGCCAACGACAAGACUGGCAAGCUGUACGACCUCGUCAAGAGCAUCCGAAUCCGCAAGGGUCUCAAGGAGGAAGUUCCUCCCGUCGACUACUACUACGACAAGCUCUAACCUGGUUUCGCGGUCUUGUUUGCUCUUGUAUUCUCUUUCUUUUUCUUUCCUCCCGCCUCUCCUCUUUUCUUUCUCAGCCAUUUCUUGAAGCAGUAGAGUAGAAGCUCCCUUUUCUCUCUCUUCUCUCAUCAAAACCAAAAGAAUAUGAUCCC